AUUCAUCACUUUCAGCUGCACUCUUAUUCGUUACGAACGGAGCAACAAAGUGUUUCAAUAAAACGUCAAAUUACUGCGUUGUGCUAAUCGCAAUGAUGAUUUUCAUAAUUUUGUCUCUUUGCCUCUUCGGCAGUACCAUGGCUCAGUUUCCCUCUUUUGGCCGCUGUCCGAAAGUCGACACCACCGCAGAUUUCGAUCUCUCCCAGUAUAUGGGAAGAUGGUACGAAGCACAAAGGUAUUUCUCCAAAUUUGAAAUAGCUGGCAAAUGCAUCAUGGCCGAUUAUAGUUUGACUGAAAACAACACAGUCAACAUGGAAAGCAGCAAAAUUUCGAUCAUAACCGGGGAAUUAUGGUCAGUCAAAUCAACGGCACGGGUCCCUGACACCACCAACCCCUCUAAGCUUAAAGUUAAACUCCUCAACGAUCCCAUCGGUUUUGAAACUGAUUAUUGGGUGUUAGGAACCGACUACAAAACGUACGCAGUAGUCUACAGUUGCUACGAUAUCCAAUUGUUGAAAAUGAAAUAUGCUUGGAUUUUGACGAGAGAGAGAGAUGCCCCACAAACUGUGAUAGACAUGGCCAUGGCCAUUGCUGAAAAAAAUGGACUUAGCAGAUCUCAAUUCAUAAAAACCAACCAAUCAAACUGUUGAGCUAAACUAUGAUAACUGAAUGAGCAAAUUGUUCAAUGUUCACAUCCCAGAAAGAAUCGCUACUUCAAAAGCACAGGACGCAUAGCCUUUUAUUCAGAACAACUCUACCGUUAAGGCUUCAUCGAAGUUGAUUGAAUGGUGCCCCAUAAAAUCUUGACGACAUCCUCAUCUUCUAUAAAAUGAAUACUGCGGAAAAGAAAAAAUGUAUUAAAAAACAACAAUUUAUUUCAGAAUAGGAAAAUAUUUUAUAGUCUAACAAUAAUUGAAUAAAAUUAACCUUCGAAUACUA